AUGGAAGUUGAUGAAGUCGCUUUAGAGAUAAAUGACAAGAUUGAAAUCUUAAAAGGUUUCGAAUCCGAUCUAUCAGCAGCAACUUAUUGUUUACACAAUGAAGACCAUACGUUGGGAAAUGCAUUGAGGUAUAUGUUGAUGAAAAAUCCUUCUGUGGAAUUUUGCGGAUACAGUAACCCACAUCCAAGUGAGCCAAAGAUUCAUUUACGGAUUCAAAUGUAUGAUCAAAAGUCUAGUCUGACAGCUUUGCGGGACGCUCUGGAUAAUCUCGAUCAACUAUUCCAAACAAUUGGUGAAGAAUAUGAAGCAGAUCUCGCAAAGGAUCAAUAUGAACGAUUCGAAGAGCCUGGCUUGACGGAAGAACAAUUACGGGAAACAGUCAGAAAAGGAGAGGAGAUCAGAAGGCAGCAGAGGGAAGAGAAACGAGCAGAGAGUAAAGCAAAGGCUAGCGUUGCAAGCUCGUUGAGAUAA